CACAUUAUCACAGGUUAAUUGGGUUUUUGGAUCAGAACCUCAUGCUUGUCAAAAAAAUUAAUUUUGAUAUUAGAGAGUUUAAGGGUUAAAAAUCAGUUACAAUGAGUGUGCAACAAUCAUAUGAAGCACUUUGUAGAAAAAGCCUUGAAGAUUUGUGCUUACAGAAAGGGUUGUCUUUUAAGGAAAAAAAUCCAGAUCAAGAACUGAAAAAUCUGCUAAUGGCAAAUGAUCAGGAAGCAGACCCAGUGAGAAUGCUUGCAAUAAGAAACAAACAACAACUUGAAUUUGAACAGAAGCGUAUGGAUCUUUGUUUACUGGAGAAGCAAAAGAUAGCUAAAUGGAAAAAGAGGCUAAAGAAAGGAUUAAUAAAAUGGAAAAAGGUCCAUUUAAAGCAUAUAGAAUGGCUAGCUGCUGAGAAGGCUCACCAGAUGCAACAGGAAUCUGCCAGACUUCAGCUCCAGGUGUUAGAAGAGCAGAAAAAGCUAACACAACCUGCAACUCCAUCCCCUCUGGACAACAAAAAUUGGGACAUAGAGGAAUUUCUGUCUAUCUUUGAACAUCUAUGUGAAAUUCACCAUAUCCCAGAGGCUCAGCGUAUGCCUGUCCUGCUGACCAGAUUAACUGGGAAAGCCAGGGAAGUGUUCAAUGAAAUGGGUAUGGAUGAAGCCUUGAAUUAUGUAAAAUAUAAAUAUACUGUAUUAAAACAUUUUAAGGUUACCUCUGAAACUUACAGGUUGAAAUUUAGAAAUUUUAAAAUGUCUAAUGUUUUUUCUUAUGUGGAAUGUGCUCAUAAACUGUUAGAUUUUGUCAGUAAGUGAAUUACUGCUGAGAAAGCUUUGGGUAAUUUUGAAUAGUUAAUGCAAUGAAUUACACUUGAACAAAUGUUAAAUUUGGUGCUAGAUGAGAUCUGGGAUGCUAUAUGCGAUGGAAAGCCCAAUUGUGUUUUGCAAGCUGCUGAAAUUGCACUGAAAUUGUCAUGAAAGAAGUAAGCCCCUGGGAAAGAGUAAUCACUAUUCACCCCAGUUUAAAAGAAAGGAAGGGUCUAGGAGUAAAUCUAACCCCAGCGUGGAUAAAAAAGCUCAUGGGAGCCUAGAGUUCAAAACCUCUUACGCUAAAGGAAGGCCGGUUACCUGUUACCAAUGUGGAAUGCCUGGGCACAUAAAGCCAAAUUGUCCAGAAUUCGAAACCACCCCACCACCUUAUACCCCUGUGAGUGCCAAAACCAUAUCUAUGAGUGCAGAUGCUAACCCUGUAAAUGUUAAUGUUAUCUCCCUAGCUCCAAAGGAGAAUGUAGGGGAUGGACAGGGUCUCGUGAAUUAUGUCAGAACUGAGUCUUGGAGGCGUAGUGACAAAUUUAUUAGAAAUUCAAAGGUGAAUGGUGUGGAUUGUCGAGGUUGGCAUGACACAGUAUCAGACAUUACUUUGGUUAAGUGUUAUGUCCGAGAGGAGGACGAACUGGCAGGCAAGAAGAUAACUGUUCUGGCUUUAGCCAGGUUUCCUGUAACUGUUCCUUUAACUAAGAUCCAUCUGGAGUGGGGCAGAUUUUAAUGGUGAACUGAUGGUAGGCAUUCGAGAUAAACUUCCAGCAGAUGCUCUGAUAGGGGAUGACAUUAUGACUGAGUUUAAUACAGUUAAUGUCAUAACAAGGUCUCAAGGGAAGUAUGGUGCUGAUGCCUUUAGCUUGCCUGAUGUCAGUGAAAAGAGCUGCGAAGGGGAGGAGAUGGCCUCCAGCCCUUCAGCUAUAGAGUCUGGCAGCCCGUAGGUGAAAAAAUCUUCCUGAUGUGUCAGAGAUGGUUCUGAAUUUAAGUGAAAUCAAGAAGGCAUUUAUUGUGGCCCCAUAGAGCAAUGUUUCAUUGGAACUGGCCAGGGUCAGUGCUCAGAGUAAUGCCCCAACUGAGGAAGGAAGGGCUACAGUCUUGGUAAUUGAUGGAUUGUUGGCAAGGUUAUGCAACAUGAGUAUCCCUAUACAUUACCAGUUACCAGUGUGGAGAAUUGUGACAGUGAAGGAAAUGUUCCUGUGUCUGUUGGGGUAAUGACUUGCUACCCCAGUCUCCAAGCAGUUGUCUGUGAAUAGCCAUGUGUGCUGGGACAAAAGAAAGGAUAUCCCAAGCUGUUUGUCUGUUAAAGGGGAAUGUUUCUCCUGCUCUUUUCUGUUCGUAGAGCAGACAGAAAAAGCCUGUCAGCCUAUGAUGAUUGAAAAUUUAUCAGUGGACCCAGAGUUGAUUCUGGAUACAACUAAAGCCCAGGAAGGAAGUGGUCCUAAAUUUGUGUCUGCUAGGGAUGAUAACAUUGCACUAGGUUGCAUCCAGUUAAUGUCAUAAAUAGCUCCCGGAGACCAAGCGAUUAGGGUGCUUCUAUUUUGCCUGUUGCUAGUGUGUUGCUGGGUAAAGAUAUGGCAACUUUGUCUGAUCAGGGUGAUAUCAUAGCCAGGGCACAAGAAAAGCAUGAAGGUGAUUUGACUAUGUUACCCACUGACCAGAGGCGGCUCUACCAAUUUUGCCGCUCCAAGCAGUUGCUGCCGAAUUGCCCCUGUGCCUGGAAGAGCGGCGGAGCUGCCGCCCAAAAGCCGCAGAGGCAGGAAAUGCGGUGGAGCUGCUGCCAAAUUGCUGCUGUGGGACACGGACUGCCACCCCAUUCUGAAUGCCGCCCCAAGCACCUGCUUGGAAAGCUGGUGCCUGGAGCCAGCCCUGCCAAUGACAGUGUGGAAACUUGUAACAAGGAAGAGAAUAUUUUAAUCUUGUGACUAUGAAGUCUAGCAGUUUACCUGAAAGGGGGUUUUGUGAAAAUCCUCCUGAUGGGACGGAGGUGAUUCUGGAUUUAAGUGAAACCCAGAAAGAGUCUGUUGUUGCUCAGGAAAAUGUUCCUUUAGUGCCAGCUCUAUGUGAAAAGGGUAAGGACAGAAUUUCUGUGAAAAAUGGGUUGUUGCUUAGAAAGAUUCCUGAAGAGAAAAAUCUGAAGGGUAAUUUUUGCAAGCAGUUUGCUGCAACUGAUGGGUGUGGAAGUGAUUUGAUUGAGUUAACUCAGGGUAUAGAGAAAGCAACAGUUUGUUUGGGAGACUUGUUCCAGUUCCUAACUGCCAGAGUCUUUCCGAGGUGUAUAGAUCCACUGACUUUGCUUUAGAAAGACCUAGUGUGGAUAGCUUUGAAAAGGUUUUAAAUGAAAUAAAAAUUGUUAGGGAAUUUAAACAGCCCUACAAGCUUGUUCGGGAGACAAUGUUGUUGGAAUAUGAAUGUCUCCAUGUUGAUUCUUUAAGUAAAUUGUCUGUGACUCAGGUAGUGAGGAAAGAUCGGGUUAUUGGGUUACAAGGAUGCAGGGGAGAACAGGCAAACUCUCAUCUCUAGAUAUUUUGGAUAUGACUUGUAGUCUCUUAGUGGACUUCUGAUUCCAUGUGGAAGCAGAGGUUGGUAAUGGAAGGACAAAGGAACCUGGAGUCUAACAUGCUAGUGAAAAUGGAUGGUAUCUCUUUAAGACAGAGUCCAACCUUGGAAUUGGUAAAGCUUGAGGAUUUGAAAACUAGUAAACAAGCUAAUGUCUGUAUUGAUGCAAAUUACCUGACUGACUGGGGGGAGAAAGACUUGUCCAUAGCCAUUAGCAAAGAGGACAUGCCCAGCCACCAAUGGAUUCUGUUACACAAAAGAGUUCAGAUUUUUGACCCUACUGGACAGGGAGGAAGGGAAGGAUUAAACCUUGCAAAUAAAAGCCAUAGUAAAAUACCAAAACACCAAGGAAGUGGUUAACUGAAAGCCUAUGUUAAGGAAGACCCCGAGGUCAAGAAAAAGCUACAAAGAUUCAAAAGGGAUAUUGAACAAGAUGACCUAAAGAAUGAUUUGUCUAAACCAAAGGCUUGCAUGACAAAAAUUACUGUAAAUGUACACUUAUGAUAAAACUGAUGUUAUUGCUAAUGACUGUAACUAACUUGUUGCUGAUACCAAGAACUGUAAAAAUGUACAAUAUGCAUGUUUUUUUUUUUUUAAAAACACUUGAAUGUGUUGGGGGUGAUACAUAAGAAUUCAUUGUGUUGUAAAAGCCUUCAUGGUUAUACUGUUUCAUUACAUGACAACACAUACUAUGU